AUGUCCACGACGAACGACCAAAACGUUACUUUGGUAGAUGACAAGAUCAGCGACGGAUAUCUUGUGACCGGAAGAUCAGGUAUCUAUACUCAGCCAACAAGCCUUCAUGGUAAGGUGUGCAUCGAUCGUCAUGACGGUGGAGCAUGGCGACAAGAGUGGAACUCAGACAAGAAGCCUGAGCAUCUACAUCCAGUGAAUGUUGCUGAAAAACGUGGGAUAUGUAUUCCAGGAUUUCUCAUCGUCCCCAAUGAGCUCGAAACGAAGAUUGGCAUCCGCUGGACGCAACCGAACGCAGAGCCUGUAAACAUCUACGUAUACCCAGCGUUGGCACCGCAGGUCCUGGAGGAGAUCAGCGUCUCACUGAUUCCACCAACACCGAACACUCACGAUGGACAUGUUUAUGCUCGAGCGCGGCGACACCGGAGCGGGACGUGGGACUUGGUCAUUGAGGACAAUGAAGUCGUAUACCAGCGCAUGUCUGGCGACGACCUGCCACGAGAAGUCUUCGUGCCGAAAUACUUCAGGUUCCACGCGCAAUCAAAGAUCGAGAUAGAGCGCUUCAAGAAAGGUUGGCAAGUACGGUUCCUCAGCUGCGGCUCGAUCACCAGAGCAGCUAUCAAGGGAAACCUUCCAGGCGAUCCGAAACGGGGUUCCAUCAAGAAUACGUCUUAUUACGCGCUAUACCCGCCGUCAGCUGACUUCGAGCACGAGGAGUACGAUGCUGACAGUGAAGACGAGGAUGAGGAUGGGGACGAAGAUGGGGAGGUGAAUGUCGCGACGCGGGGCAGGCGAGAGAAACACCGAGAUCGUAAGACGUAUCCAACGUGGAGCCCGGAAGUUGCAAAGCACAACAAGGAUGACUGGGAGGAGUUUCUGGAGGGGCUGAAGCGCAUUGUCGAGGAGGGGGGUGGUGUUUUCAGCAUGCUCGAGACCUUCUCCGAGCGUCUUUCUUCGUUUUCCGAUACGACAGCCUUCAGCCUUCACUACAUGGAUUCCAAGAACACUGACAGCACAAGCAACCAGGUCAAAGAAGUCGACUUCCAGAAGUACUUCGUACAAAAGCUUCCAGGACUAUUCAUCGCCGUUGAUCCCGAUAACGACGGCGGUCAAACCUCCGUAGUCAGACAUGACAAGGAUGACAACAACAUGUACCCGGUGUGGGACUCUACAUGGAAGCGGUCGCCAGACACUCUUCCUAUGCUGAAAGACCAGGCCUUUCUAACCACCGACGGUCCCGACACCAUCUUGGCUGUACCCACAAAGCUGGAGGAGACGAUUACCGUACAUCGUGGUCCAAUCGAUGGCCAACAGACCACCAUCUACAUACAUCCCUCCGACAGUGUCGACCAACGGAUCCCGCGAUACAUGAGGACGCUCGAUGCGCCGGACGUCUCGCCGGAGGAUCUUGCGAAGCCGAUUCCACCAUAUGCCCCUAAAUCAAGCGGAGGGGCGGAUGUACGCCAGAAGAACCUUGGUAUGACGACGGAGUCUGCUUCAGAGUACGACGGAGAUGACGACCAGGAUGAAGGACGACCAGCUGACGAGGAAAGUGAAGAGGAAGACGACGGCGACGCAGCGAUCGCUUCCGCACCCACUAUCGCUGCUUCAGUGGGUACAAACAACUCGCUCUACCUCCACGCUUUCGAGCACCGUACGAGCUACGCAACCCUCACCCUCGACGAGCGAUUAAGAACGCUAACCAUCAACCCCAUAAAAGCCAGAACAAACCUUAAAGUCAUCAAUCUCAGAGGCGCAGGCGGCCAAACGCCAAUCACCAUCCAAUGCUACUCCUUCCAAGAAGGCCGCACCCUCCGAUUUGUCGAUUGCGGCUUCAAGACUAUGAUCGACAGAAAGGAAGUCCUGUACAAGGAGUGUCAUGUUCAUCUUCCGUCGGAUAAGUGGCAUGCGGGUUUCGAGCAUGGGGUUUUGGGCGGUAGGGAGAGGACGGCAUUUGGCCCGCAUGAUGCACGGCAUGCGGAAUAUAAUGCUGGUGUUUUUGCACGGUUCAUGGGUGCGUUGGAGAGGAUUGUGGGAGUGGGAAAUGUGAAGAAGUGUAAGAAGGUUGGCGAUAAGAUUAUGGAUGAAGACGCGGCGGAGGACAGUGAUGGAGACGUUGAAUAG